AUGUCACCAUCGGUUUGUCCUACGCAUGUCGUGACAUUUUACUGUUCAGGUGAUUGUGAGGCAAACACUCAACGGAUCACAGCUGUUGAGAAGUUAUUUGGCUUUCCAGGCAAGAGAUUGCAUACACCCAGGCGUGUGCUCGUUGGUGAAGGUACACUGACUAAAAUUUGCAAACGAAAACCGAAACAGAGCAUACUUUUACAGCGAAGAAGCCCCCACUUUAUCGAUUUGAUUGACACCGAGGUGGCGGAUGUUGGGGACAAUGGAAUUUACCAAAACGGGUUUUCAGUUUUAAAUCCAAGGAAAUCGUUCACUCUUUAUGCAACUACUUCGGACGAGAAGCUACAGUGGAUAGUACAUUUGAGACGGUGUAUUUCUGAGGCCCGACUUUUGGCCGGCUUCAUUGGCACGCCAUCGGUGAAGCACUCACCUGUGUGGAUUCCGGACUCCGAGACCAGCUCAUGUAUGGCAUGUCAUUCGACCCUGUUCACACUUUUUCAGAGAAAGGUGAGUCGAUUUUUCCGAACUGUCUCGUUUAACUUAACCUGA